AUGUCCUUUGUCUCUCUGCUCUUGGUGGGCAUCCUGUUCCAUGCCGUCCAGGCCGAACAAUUAACAAAAUGUGAGUUGUUCCAGAGGCUGAAAGACCUGGAUGGCUAUGGAGGCGUCACUUUGCCUGAAUGGGUCUGUACCGUAUUUCAUACUAGUGGUUGUGACACACAAACCAUAGUAAAUAACAACGACAGCACAGAAUAUGGACUUUUCCAGAUCAAUAAUAAAAUUUGGUGCAGAGACAACCAGAUCCCUCACUCAAGGGACAUCUGUGGCAUCUCCUGUGACAAGUUCCUGGAUGAUGACCUUACUGAUGACAUUAUGUGUGUCAAGAAGAUUCUGGAUAAUGUAGGAAUUAACUACUGGUUGGCCCAUAAAGCACUCUGUUUUGAGAAGCUGGAUCAGUGGCGCUGCGAGAAGUGGUGA